AUGAAGGUAGCUGCAGUGGCUGUUCUUGGCCUGCUGGGGGCACUGUUUCCAUGCUUAAAGGCACAAACAAGUAGCCCUUUAGAAAUUUUACAGCAAGCUGCAGAAAUUGGUGUUGCUCUGUUACACACAGCUAACUGGACUGGGACUUUGCCCUGUGAAGGAUGGGACUGUGAGUGUGCAUUCAAAAAGCCAAAAGGCUGCUGCUGUGUGGCUUCACCUCUUUUCCAGCUCGAGGAAACCUUCAUGCGAAUGGUGGGCCUAUGGAAAGACUUGAACAGUCUCAAUAACCAGAUUGAGGAAGUUACCGGUGGACAUAAUGUAUCAUUUGCAGCUACAAUGUUACCUAUAACUGGAUGUUAUGGUCCUUUCAACAAAAAUGUGUCCAUUUCGUAUUGCAAUGUCACUCUCAACCAUGGCUAUGGGUACAAUCCUUCACUGGGAACAUUCACAGCUCCACGGUCUGGCCUUUACUCCUUCUCCUACACGGUUUACUCUAAUUUGGGAGCAGAAGGAGAGCGAAUCUACCACAAGGUACAGCUGAUGAAAGAGGGGCAAGUGAUAGCCUCCUCUUGGGAGGACAACCGUGAGGAUUCGGAGGACAGUGCUACACAGACUGUACUCCUUCAGCUGAAAAGAGGCAACCAGGUUUACGUCGAGCUGGUGCUCGGGAGGUUUCUGUGUGCAGACACACAGGGCUACAACUCUUUCAGUGGAUUCCUGGUCUAUCCUCUCUCUGACAUAUAACAGACAAGUGCAAUAGUGCACAAGUGUAUUAGCUGUGCAGCUCCAGCCAAUAAUGAUAGCACUUGGAGCAUUAUGUUGAUUCUGUAUAUCUAGAGAGUACUCCAAAUAGCCUACAGAUGGCCAGGACUCAUUAAAUAAGACAGACAGGUUUCAUAGUUUGGUAAAUGUUAGAUUUCCAUACUAACUCAUACUUUUUAAAUUGUAUUGUAAUGUAAUAAUUUAGUAAUGUGGGCAAUGGAAUAAAAGGUUUAAAUGAA